UCAAACUUGACAUCAGCCUCUGAGCCGAGAAUGGUAACUUGUGUCGGAACAGAAGCCCUCACAUGAGUGGCAUGCUUCAUGGAGUUAUGUACCUUGUUUCGCCCCUUCAACUGCUAUCAUGGAUUGCAAAACCUUAAUACUUUUCCUUUUUCUCUUCACGUUUAUUUCCAGCGCAGAAUUCAUUAUUCAUCCAUCCAAUGAAGUUAACCUGUUGGACUCCAAAGCAAGCCAAGGGGAGCUGGGCUGGAUAUCAUCCCCAUCCCACGGGUGGGAGGAAAUUAGCGGUGUGGAUGAGCACUACACACCCAUCCGGACCUUCCAGGUGUGCAACGUGAUGGAAUACAGUCAGAACAACUGGUUGAGGACCAACUGGAUUCCUCGCUAUUCUGCGCAGAAGAUCUAUGUGGAGCUCAAGUUUACCCUGAGAGACUGCAACAGUAUUCCCAUGGUCCUGACCUGCAAAGAGACGUUCAACUUACACUACCUGGAGACUGAUGAAGACCAGGGAAGUAAGUUUCGCGAACACCAGUUCUCCAAAAUAGACACCAUCGCCGCCGAUGAGAGUUUUACUCAGAUGGACCUGGGCGACCGCAUCUUGAAGUUAAACACAGAGGUCCGUGAGGUGGGACCCAUGACUAAGAAGGGCUUUUACCUGGCUUUCCAGGACGUGGGAGCCUGCGUGGCCCUAGUUUCGGUGCGGGUGUACUUUAAAAAAUGCCCUUUUACGGUGAAGAACCUGGCUAUGUUUCCCGACACGGUACCCACGGACUCUCAGUCACUCGUGGAGGUUAGGGGCUCCUGCGUCAACAAUUCCAGGGAGGAGGAUCCGCCAAAAAUGUACUGCAGUACCGAGGGAGAGUGGCUGGUGCCUAUUGGGAAAUGCCUGUGCAACAUAGGAUACGAGGAAUGGGGAGUCGCUUGCCAAGCCUGCCGGCCCGGCUUCUAUAAGGCCUCUUCUGGGAACGUCAAGUGCUCCAAGUGUCCACCGCACAGCUACACGCACCAGGAGGAAGCCGUGCACUGUGACUGCGAGAGAAACUACUUCCGUGCGGAAGAGGACCCCGUCUCAAUGGCCUGCUCUCGACCUCCAUCUGCCCCACGCAAUGUGAUCUCUGCCAUUAAUGAGACGUCAGUGAUUCUAGACUGGAACUGGCCGACUGACAGCGGAGGCAGGAAGGACGUGAUAUUUAACGUGGUCUGUAAGCGAUGUUGGCCGGGUCCCAGGCAGUGUGAACCCUGCCUAGGGGCCGUGCGCUUCCUGCCCCGUGCCACCGGCCUCACUAACACGACAGUAACCGUAGUGGACCUCCUGGCACACACAAACUACACCUUUGAGAUUGAGGCCCAAAACAGAGUCUCCUCCCAGGCCCCCACGAUCCGCCAGUACGCUGCGGUCACCAUCACUACCAACCAAGCAGCUCCAUCUGCAGUGACUGUCAUCAGGAAGGACCGAACAUCCAGAAACAGCAUCUCACUGUCAUGGAUGGAGCCAGAGAGACCCAAUGGAAUCAUUUUGGACUAUGAGGUCAAAUACUAUGAGAAGCAGGAACAAGAGACCAGCUACACCAUCCUGAGGUCAAAGGCCACAAACGUUACUCUGAAUGGGCUAAAACCCGACACCACCUACCUGCUGCAGAUCAGAGCGCGAACCGCGGCCGGAUACGGCGGGAGCAGUCGCAAGUUUGAGUUUGAGACCAGUCCAGACUCCUUUUCCAUCUCCAGUGAGAACAGUCAGGUAGUGCUGAUCGCUGUCUCCUCCGCCGUGGCCAUCAUCCUCCUCACUGUAGUGCUCUACAUUGUGAUUAGCAGGUUUUGUAGGUAUAGCAAGUCCAAACAUCCAGAUGAGAAGAGGCUGCCCUUUGGCAACGGCCACUUGAGACUGCCUGGCAUCAAGACUUACGUGGACCCACACACUUACGAAGACCCGAGUCAAGCCGUGCACGAAUUCGCCAAGGAACUGGACGCGUCCUGUAUUGCCAUCGACAAAGUGGUUGGGGCAGGGGAGUUUGGAGAGGUGUGCAGCGGCCGACUGAAGCUUCCGUCUAAGAAGGAGAUCUGUGUGGCCAUCAAGACGCUCAAAGCCGGAUACACAGAGAAGCAAAGGCGGGACUUCCUCAGUGAAGCGAGCAUCAUGGGACAGUUCAACCACCCCAACAUCAUCAGGUUGGAGGGUGUCGUCACGCGCAGUAAACCUGUGAUGAUAGUGACCGAGUACAUGGAGAACGGCUCUUUGGACGGCUUCCUGCGAAAACACGACGCCCAGUUCACAGUGAUUCAGCUGGUGGGCAUGCUACGUGGCAUCGCAUCUGGUAUGAAGUAUCUGUCGGAUAUGGGUUACGUGCACAGAGAUUUGGCCGCUCGGAACAUCCUGGUCAACAGCAACCUGGUGUGCAAAGUGUCAGACUUCGGCUUGUCCAGAGUGCUGGAGGACGACCCGGAAGCCGCCUACACCACAAGAGGUGGCAAGAUUCCGAUCCGAUGGACCGCGCCAGAGGCCAUCGCCUAUCGCAAGUUCACCUCAGCCAGUGACGUAUGGAGCUAUGGUAUUGUGUUAUGGGAGGUCAUGUCUUACGGAGAAAGACCUUAUUGGGAGAUGUCCAAUCAGGAUGUGAUAAAAGCGGUGGAUGAGGGCUAUCGUCUUCCCCCACCCAUGGAAUGCCCUGCCACACUUUACCAGCUGAUGCUAGACUGCUGGCAGAAGGAUCGAAACAACCGGCCGAAAUUUGAGCAGAUUGUCAGCAUCCUGGACAAGCUCAUCCGCAACCCCAGCAGUCUCAAAAUCACGGCCAGCACCGCUUCCAGACCAGUGAAUCUGCUUCUGGACAGAACCAGCACUGACAUCACUUCCUUUCACACAAUGGGUGAUUGGCUGGAAAGCGCCAGGACAUUGCCCUGUAAAGAUGCAUUCAGUGGGGUCAGCUACAGCUCCUGUGAUACACUGGCCAAAACUUCAGCAGAGGACUUCAAGAAAGUCGGUGUGACGAUCGUUGGGCCUCAGAAGAAGAUCGUGAGCAGCCUAACAACACUUGAAACACACUCAAAGAACGGUCCAGUUCCUGUGUAAAAUUAAAAACGAGUGACGGAAAUGAAAGACACUUAUACGAGAUUGAUGCUGCUUUGGCUUUAACAGACAAGAAAUAGAUAUUAAAUGAAAAUAUGAAGUGGAACUACAGUUCUUGAACACAUGUGCGAUGCAGAACAACCUUCCUGGAGAAAGAUCACGUCUUCCCGGGCACGAGGUGCAAAGGCGAUGAGCGUGUCUUCCAGCGAUUGACAUGUUGCCUUAUCGGCGAGAGAGGCGGAUGAGCACGGGUCUCAUGUUCAGGAGUCUACUGUCACGCUGCAUGGCUUCUCCUAGAGGACAGAGGCCGGUCCGAUCCGAAUGGAUUUAACGAAGAGCUCUUCACAUGUGGCAGGGGAGCAUUAAAAAUCCUUCAGGAAAAAACUUUGCAAAAGCAUCCGUCUUCCUUUUGGAAGGUAGCACUUCAGAGAGGCAAUAGCUUGCACCCCAGAGUUUUGGUGGUUUCUUGUAGAAAAGCCCCC